AUGGACGUCGAGUCUGCAGCCCCGCUUGAGCGCUCCGUCUCGCAGCAGUCUGCUGCCUCGGCGAGGAGCCAUCGAUCCGCGACGGUGCGCAAGCGAGGCAAACUGACCUCGCAGCCCUCCAGCUCGGCCUCGUCCGUCGCCGCCUCCGACAAGUCUCUGACCUCGUUCCCGUCCUUCGCCCCGGACUCGCCCCGGGAGGAGCGCCCCUUCACGCCGGACACCUAUGACGGCGCCACCCUCGCCUCGCGCAAGUCGCCCGAUCCGCAGCCCGCGGUCACCUCGAUCGUCGCCAGCCUGACCACCUCCAGCCCGCACCCGGUCCGGGCCCGCAGCGCGCUGUUCGAGGACACACCGAUCGCCACGACCAAGGUGCCUGGUGCGCUGCAUCACGCGGAUGAUGAGCACAUCAGCCGCCUGAUCGCAAGGCAGGGGGCGGUGAGUCUGGUGCGCCAGAUCGCAGAGGACCUUGCGCAUCGCGAUGCACAGAUCGCCACGAUUCGCAGGAAGGCAGACGAGAGGGAGCGAGCACUGAGAAAGAUCAUUCUGGAGUGUGGGCUGUCCAACUUGGACCUGGAGACGAGGCUGCGGACGAUCGAGCAGGAGGCCAAGACAAACGGACACAAUAGGCAGGUGUCAGACCUGGUCAACGAUGCCAUGGCAGACAGCUUUAUGCAGGGCUACGGAAACAGCGACGUAAAUGAUGCGACAAUACGGGCUAGGACGUCCUCACCUGCAGCAGAUGCGGACAAUAAAGGGACUACCAGAGGGUGGAAGGAUUACCUCUGGGGAGGUGGCACGAGCAAGAAAAGCAGCCGUGCGAGUAGUAUCAACGGCGAUACCAACAAGGACCAGCAGACGGUCAUCAGAGCUGGACCGCCUGGAGACCGUCGCCCAACGCUACAAGAAGAUCUAUUCAAACCGCCGGAAGUUGAGUCUAUCAGGAGUUCCAGCCGAGCUUCCAGCAUCCAUUCAGUACAGACUGGCAGAAAGCCAUCGCUAGCAAGCACCAUGCUUAGGCUAGUUGCUGGUGGAGCCACUCCGGCACAGCGCGAAGGCGAUCUUAGAGGGAGAGCCAACAGCGCGGCGGCAGGCGGCUCGUUGCGAACUCCUUCGGCAUCAAGCGCUAACACUAGCGCUUCCGCAAGAGCUGUCUCGACACAAGGGGGACCCAAGGCUCUCAUGGCAAUGAGACGUGCCACGGGUGCCCAGAAUAUCCCCGUCAGUGGACCGAGUCGAGCGCAGCCACAGGAUAGAUGGGAUACGAUGGGCUCUAGUCCCGUCACGGAGAUGGCUGCCCGCCAGGAGAGUUAUGGACCUGUUGAGAUGGACAGCAUUCUACCACCCGAGACGCAGCCCCCUACGCUGACACAUAUUUACAACAAUUACAUUGGCUCGGAAUAUCUCACUGACCGCUUUGGUUUUAUAUACGACCAACGCCGCAAAAAGAGACAACGAGAGGCUGCCCAAGUAGCAAAGCAGUUCAAAAGAGGCAGCCGCACCGAGAUGCUUACAAACGGUCGCUCAAAUCUGUCUCCUGUUUUGAUUGAAGAAACUUCAAGCGCGAAGUGGGAUGCCGGCAGUGAUGAGCGACCAGACACUCCAUCCUCGACAGAAGAGUUCCGGGAUGAGGCCAAGCCAAAGAGGUGGCAGGACUAUUUGAAGAUUGCGACAUCUGCUACAGAGCUCUUGUCGCAUACCCCUGCAAUCAGCGCUAACGCCAUAGAGGUGAUGGAAGGCGGCGAAAUCCCGAAAUCGCCAGGAUUGAUCAUAUCCGAAGAUCGUGGAUUUAUUCCAUCUGCUAGCACUACCUCAGCUGUGGUGGAUAGCGAAGCUUCUGUUGGAUCUGAGGCCGAACAGGCUGCUGGAACUCUCGUCAAAGAAGACAACGAACCUGUCAAACUUUUGCUACAGCAGAUGUCUGAGCUUCAUGACAGCUUCCAACGAGACAAGACUGUUCGGUGGAAUGACUUCCUUCGCAAAGUUCGAGCUGAAAGGAGGCGCGAAGGUGAGGUUGCCAACGCCACUGCGGCGGCGGCUGCCGAAGCGAGGUUCCAGAGAGCCACCGCCGUCAUGCCAGAAGCAAGGCUGGGGGAUGGUGAGUUCAUCGGCAUCGCCAACUGGGCCAACAAGGGCAAAGUUGGUCGAGCGAAGUGGACCGAGUUUCGAAAUCUCGUGCUUCAAGGCAUCCCUGUGAAAUAUAGGGCCAAGGUAUGGUCAGAAUGCUCAGAUGCAGUCAACCUACGUGUUCCCGGCUACUACGAUGAUAUCGUAUCUCAGCCAGAGGAGGAGGAUAAUCCGGAAGUCGUCCAACAGAUCCGUGCAGAUAUCAAUCGUACCUUAACCGACAACAUAUUCUUUCGAAAAGGCCCUGGCGUCCAGAAGCUGAAUGAGGUCCUAUUGGCAUACUCACGAAGAAAUCCGGAGGUGGGAUACUGCCAAGGUAUGAAUCUUAUCACCGCGAAUCUUCUUCUCGUCACGCCAACCGCUGAGGACGCAUUCUGGAUUCUUGCGUCCAUCAUCGAACGAAUCUUACCAACCGGGUACUACGAUCAAAGCCUUCUAGCUUCCCGGGCAGACCAGCAAGUUCUCCGCCAGUAUGUUGCCGAAGUUUUGCCUAAGCUUUCAGAGCACUUCGACGAGCUAGGCAUAGCUCUGGAGACAAUGACAUUUCAGUGGUUUCUGUCUGUAUUCACAGACUGCCUCUCAGCUGAAGCAUUGUUCCGCGUCUGGGAUGUAGUACUGUGCUUUGGCGACGGUAGCACGUUCCUUUUCCAAGUAGCCCUUGCCUUGCUCAAACUCAAUGAGCAGCAACUCUUGAAUUGCACAACGCCAGCAGCCGUAUACACGUAUAUCAACCAUCAGAUGACGAAUCAUGCUAUCAGUAUUGAUGGUUUGAUACAAGCCAGUGAGGGCCUUAGGAGAGUGGUCAGAAGAGAGGACGUUGAAGCCCGUCGUGACAAGGCAAUCGAGGCCGAGAAAGAACUAGUGCGUCAACGAGAAGAACGCCUUGCAACUUUCCAGAGGAAUAAGAAGGCGGCCAGCGCUCCAUCCAUCGUCCAAGGUCUGGCAGCUGCUAGUAGUGAAAAUGUGGGAGAGCCCCCCAAAACCGACGCAUUGACGGUUAGAGAUCCAAUGCCGAUAGAGGAAGAGUCGACAUAG